AUGGAAGACCCUGUUGACGUACAAGUGGCCAUUGUCGGGGGCGGCUCUUGCGGGCUCAGCUUGUCUAUAUUCCUCUCGAACCUGGGUGUUGAUCACGUCUUGUACGAGCGACACCCUGGAACCUCUAUUUUCCCCAAAGCGCACAUUAUCAGUCAGCGCACGUUGGAAAUCUUCAGACAGCAUGGUUUCGUGGACGAUAUUAUCGCCAAGGGCACGCCUCCGUGGCAGAUGAAUCAGAUCAUAUGGCAGACUUCGCUGGGGGGUGAUGGUCCGCUCGAUAGAAAGGUGCUGGGGUCCAUCGCCAGUUGGGGGUGCGAGGAAGGGAGCGAGCGGAGAAAGGUUUAUGAGAAGUCUGCCCCUCAUCUGCCAACCAAUCUCCCCUUACUCCGACUGGAGCCUGUUCUCCGGGCGACAGCGGAGAAGAGAAACCCAGGGAAGGUACUCUUCAGCCACACCGUAACAGGCUUUGAAGACACUGGUAGCCAUGUCCUUGUUAAUGUGACAGAUGGCAAAGGUUCUCAAAAAACAUGUCGAGCCCGCUACCUCGUCGGCUGCGACGGCGGCAAGAUCGUAGGGUCGAAACUAGGCAUCAAGAUGGAGGGGCCCACCGGACUGCGCAAGAUCGUCUCCGCCCACUUCAAGGCCGAUCUGUCGCCGUACUGGGACGACCGCGCCAGCAUCCUCCACUUCGCGAAUCCGGAGUACGGUCUCGGACUUCGGAGCGGCUCCUUGCUUCCCGUGGGCCCGACCUGGGGACGGUUCUCGGAGGAGUGGCAGAUGCACUUCAGCACCGGAGUCGACGGGCCCCCGUUCCCGCGGGACAGUGCGGAGGACCGCAUACGCAAACUACUAAAACUACCGAGCCUUCAGAUCGAGAUCCUGAGCUUCAGUAACUGGGAUUUGGAACGGGUAUUGGCUGAUAAGUACCAGUCCGGUCGCAUAUUUGUUGGCGGAGACUCGGCGCAUCGCCAUCCACCCACAACUGGGAUGGGUCUCAACGCAGCGGUGCAGGAUGCGCACAAUCUAGCCUGGAAGCUCGCCUAUGUCCUACGAGGCAAAGCACCCGAAGCUCUUCUCGAUUCGUACGAGGCCGAGAGACGACACAUCGGGCGACGAGUCUGCGACUGGGCUCUCUUCACGUCCAAAACCCACAAACUGAUCUCGACCGCAAUUGGCCUCGAGGAAGGGAAAGAAGAAGCGAACCGGGCCCGCCUGGCCCAUCUCCUAGACGAGGAUGACGAGAUGGGAGUGGCGGCUCGGGCACAACUACAGCAUACUAUCGAUGGCCAGUCGAUCGAGUUCGGGGCGCACGAAAUGGACCUCGGUAUCAGGUACCCGUCAGGGGGAGCUUUUCUGCCGGAUGGAACUCCGGCACUCGCGUACCACCCGCGACAUCAAAUUUACACCCCUACCACGCGCCCGGGGCACCGCUUACCGCAUGCUUGGGUGGAGCGCGGUGGCAAUCUCGUAUCAACUCACGACUUGGUCGGAAGUGGUGGCGAUUUUCUUCUCAUCACGGGCCGCGGAGGAUCGGGGUGGGCCCAGGAGGCACGGAGGACGGCCGAGUCUAGAUCAAUCGGCUUGCGAUUCGCUCAGAUCGUCGGCCCGUUGGAGAGGACACGAGAAGAGGACUUCUGCGACGUGUUCACGCAGUGGAAACAAGUAAAGGAGAUAGAGGACGGGGGCGCCAUUCUGGUCCGCCCUGAUAAUGUUGUUCUGUGGAGGUCGAUCAGCCCAAAUGUGACGGACUUGUCCGUGGUGCUUGGGAAGAUCUUGGAUAAGCCGUAGAAUUGCCUGUAUCUUGUUCUUGUAUAAGAGGAUUAUGUCUCCAUUGUAUAUAAGUAAAAGGUCCACGCUUCUCAAAAUUUGUACCUAUCAAUGUAAGUGCCUACUAGGUACCUGAAAUCGACAUAGCGCCGUGGUUCAACUUUGUGACCUUCGACAUAUUCGGGGACCCCGGGUUUGGGGAGUCUGCGAAAUGCGCGGUACCACCCGUUGAUCGCGCUGCUAUUCUACAGCGUCAGGGCGGCAUCUUUUGUCGCAGCCACAAGGUUCUAUCUGCUGGUGGCGUUUGCGCGGAUGAAGUGCAUACCGGCGACGCUGCGGGAGCAUUUCCAGCAGAUCGUGGAGAAAGCGCGGCGGCGGCUGAAUUUACGAGCAGGAAAGGCCGGAUAUUAUGUCUUGUGUUGCGGUGGGAGAUGGGGAAAAGGGGCUCUGGAUUGG